AUGUAUGGCCGCUACACUCAGGAACUGGGUGUGUAUGCGAAAGAAGAGGCGGCCCGUCUCCGAGAGGACAGUCGUCAGCGCCGCUCCGUCUCCGACCGAAGCCCGUCGCUCAAACUCCUCGAGUACGAGAAGGGAAGAUGCGUCAAGUGUCGAAGGUUUCGAUAUGCCCUGGAAUCAUCACCUCCGGACUUUUUUUCUGUCUGUGCAGUGCACUGUCAGCGGUUCUUCAUGUUGCGGGUCGGCGAGGACUGGAUCUUCCUCAUCUUGCUGGGACUCGUCAUGGCGCUGGUCAGCUUUGUUAUGGAUUUCUGCAUCGCCCUCUUAUUACAAGCUCAGAAGUGGAUGUAUGGUGGUUUGGACAGUAACGUCAUCCUGCAGUAUUUGGCUUGGGUCACUUAUCCUGUGGUUCUCAUCAGUUUCUCUGCAGGCUUCACACACAUAGUAGCGCCUCAGGCCGCCGGGUCUGGUAUUCCUGAAAUGAAGACGAUUCUCAGAGGAGUUGUGCUGAAGGAGUAUCUCACGUUGAAAACGUUCGUGGCCAAAGUGGUUGGACUGACCUGCGCACUGGGCAGUGGUUUGCCUCUGGGAAAGGAGGGUCCGUUUGUGCACAUUGCCAGUUUGUGUGCUGCUCUUCUCUGCAAAUUCAUGUCUUUCUUUGGUGGAAUUUAUGAGAACGAGUCCAGAAACAUCGAGAUGCUUGCGGCUGCCUGUGCUGUCGGGGUCGGAUGCUGCUUCGCUGCUCCGAUUGGAGGUGUAUUAUUCAGCAUUGAGGUCACCUCCACGUUUUUCGCCGUACGAAACUACUGGCGUGGAUUCUUUGCUGCCACGUUUAGUGCCUUUAUCUUCAGAGUUCUGGCAGUGUGGAACAGAGAUGAAGAGACGAUCACGGCUCUCUUUAAAACCCGGUUCAGGCUGGACUUCCCUUUCGACCUCCAAGAGCUUCCAGCCUUUGCUGUGAUCGGAAUUGCCAGCGGGUUUGGCGGUGCCUUAUUUGUGUAUUUGAACAGGCUAAUUGUUCAGUUUAUGCGAAAACAGAAAACUAUUAACAAGUUCCUCAUGAAGAAGCGUCUGUUGUAUCCCGCGCUGGUCACGCUACUGAUCUCAACACUCACUUUCCCUCCGGGCUUUGGGCAGUUCAUGGCUGGACAGCUUACACAGAAAGACACCCUGGUUUCAUUUUUUGACAAUCGCACUUGGACAAAGCAAGGAAUCACAGAAGACUUUAGUUACGACAGUCACUCGACCGCCUGGAAACAUCCGCAGGCUAACGUCUUCGUGAUCCUCGUCAUCUUCAUCGUUAUGAAGUUCUGGAUGUCUGCUUUAGCCACAACUCUUCCUGUACCUUGUGGAGCCUUCAUGCCUGUUUUUGUCAUUGGUGCUGCAUUUGGCCGUUUGGUGGGUGAAAGUAUGGCCGCUUGGUUUCCAGAGGGAAUUAAUACGGAUGGAAUCAUCUAUCCCAUAGUGCCCGGAGGAUACGCUGUUGUGGGAGCGGCGGCGUUAUCCGGAGCGGUCACACACACCGUUUCCACAGCCGUGAUCGUGUUUGAGUUGACGGGUCAGAUAAGUCACAUUCUGCCCAUCAUGAUCGCUGUGAUUCUCGCCAACGCCGUCGCUCAGAGUCUGCAGCCGUCCAUCUACGACUCUAUUAUACGCAUCAAGAAGCUGCCUUAUCUGCCCGAGCUCGGCUGGGGUCACCACGAGAAGUAUAAUAUUCGUGUGGAGGACAUCAUGGUCAGGAACGUUCGCUAUAUCACACUGAACUGCACAUACAGAGACCUUCACGACGUCCUCUUGACAGGGAACCUCAAAACACUGGCGCUG